AUGUCAAAACAUGAUAAUAAUAAUCAUGAAAAAUCUUCAAUAAAUCAUACACAUCAAACCAAAAAAUUAAAAUCAACUUUAGUCAAUUCAAAAAAACAAAAUAAUAGAAAUUAUGUUAACGGUGAUACGCCAACAACGGUAAACGAUGAUGAAGAUGAUACUGAUGAUCAAACAACAAAAGUUCAAACAUUAGAUGAAACAAAUGAAGCCGAUCGUACACUAGAUAUUUCAUACAACAACAACAACACUAACACCAAUCACGGAAUGUUAAUGGCAGAUAAUUCAAAUAAUAAACAUAUGAUUCAUGAACUACUACAAUCUAAUAUGAAUUUGAAGCACGAAAUAAGAGAUAUUCGACGUCAAAUACGUAAAAGUGAUAAACAGACAAAAUUACAUACACCAAAAGUACAACUGGAUAAUUGUCAAGACACGAUAGCCCAAUUGAGAAAAACAAUUGAUAUUAUGGAAAAGCGAUUAGAACAAUUAAGAACAUUGGAACAAAAUGGUAAUUCUAAAUAUUUAACUAUGAAUAAUGAUUCUCAAACAACAACAGAUCAUCGAUUCAUUCAUGAACUAUUUCAUAUGUGUAUAAAGUAUAAUCGUCAAUCAUCAUCAUCAAAACACUAUACAAAUAAUAAUGAAAAACAGACGAAACCAAGCCAUUAUGAUAUGAGAAAUUAUAUUUGGCAAACAUUUUCCGAUACUUUUAAAGAUAAAUCAAAUCAAAAACGAAUUCAACAGAUUUAUAAAGAUCAUCAUCCAAGUUAUCAAUUUUGUUUAAGAAUAAUUGAACAGUGUCAAUCAUUAUUUGAUUCAAACUGUUUUACUCAAAUACCUACUACUCUCAAUGAACUGUAUUAUAAACAAGGAGAGUUAAAUAAUUUUAAAAAAUCAAUUGCAAGUGCACUAGGUGUAGAUUCAUCAAAAACAAGUUGUCCAAAAUUAAUAAAAAUUUUACAAACAAAUUUGGAUGAUUGUAAUUCGAAUGAAUUUUAUACAUUUAAAAAAUUAACAAAAAUAUCUGAUUUAAACGAAGCAGCAACAAAAAUUCGUGCGUAUGAUGAUUUUGUUCCAUAUUAUCAUAAAUUUAUUGAACAAAUUUCAAAUCAAUUAGAAGUAUCGAAAGGUGAAGAAAUUAUUCCUGCAAUAAAAACGUUAAAAUUAUUGGCACAUACACAAAAAGAUGACGAUUUACAUUUAUAUUCAAAUGGAAACGAUAAUCGUUUACUCUUGUUAACAAACCAAGAGGACGAAAAUGAUAGCGAUAAUAAAAAAUCUGACAAUUCAACAAUAGAAAAUAUUAAGAAGAAUUACAAUGAAUUAACGACGAGAAAAUCUUCAGCGUCAUCUACUCGAAUACCAAUUUAUCGUACAACAUCGAUGAAUAUAUCUCGCUCGUCUUUGACAUUCGAUAAAAACCGUACGAAUAACGAUCAAACAUUAACUCUAUCUUCUUCAAAAAGAGAGACGAAACGUCCAUUAGGUUCUUCAUCUUCAUUACGUUUAUUAUCAGAAACAAAAAAACACAUCGAAGAUGAAACAUUGAACAACAAAGAACAAGAAGAAAAUUCUUAA